AUGGCAAAUUCGGCAGUAAAUCCGUUCGUGUAUGCAUUAAGGUUAGCGAACUUCCGCAAAGCCUUUAGGAGUUUCUUGACGUGCCCUGCAUGCCUUCCUCCUCUACGUCCAUCUCAAUAAAUCUGACGCAAUUUUCGACAUUAAGCACUGAUGAGCCAUCGAAUACUAAUGCUGGUAGAGGACAAGCAGACGUCUGUUCAAUAUGGAGAAAAUAAAAACUGUUAAAGAUGAUUGACCUAAGACUAUGACGCUAUUUAUGCUGCUAAAGUUCUUUUGUUCUCUAUGUAGCCUGAUUUUUUCACUAGAGUCAGUAGUUUGGUUGUUGAAAUUACCCGCGAGAGGGGAACAAAAUUAAUCUGACAGUUCUCAAUUUAAUUCUUCUUGUAGACAACAUUCACCUUUCUCCACAACAACCGGAAGAGUUAUGUUUUUUUGCUUUACUAUUAUGAUUACAAUAAUUAUCAUUAUCAUUAUUGUUAUUAUCUUUUAUUUUUAUUAUUAUCAUUAUUAAUUAAAUGCUUGCGUCAGAUGAUGUCGUAAGUUGCCAAGUGGGGAACCCGCGAACGUUCUUGCCAAAAAUAAAAACAAAAAGCAACCAAGCGACAAUGACAACAACAACAACAACAAAAGAAAAACAUUAAAAAAGGUAAAUAGAUAAAUGAAUAAAUAACAAUAUGACAUAGAUCAAAAUAAACAAAUAAAUAAAAUAAACGAUAAAUAAAUGAAAAAUAAACAAAAAAGGGGAAUUAUUUAGCUCUGAAAUAUAUAUUUUACUCGUCAGUCAGCGUCGAUUUCUAAUCUAAGGACUGAUGAUUGAACUGUUCAAAUACUCAUUACACCGUAGCGCCUCACAUCUCCCGGCAAUCAUUGCAGCUACGCGUGCGUGGAAGAUGGUCAGGCAGUUCUGAGCUGCGCUGGAGUACAUAGAAUUGGAACGAAACAUGGUGAAGACAACAUGCACUCCUUAAAGAAGUAACUUUUCUUCAAUUUAUAUAAAUAAGUUUUGUUGACUUGUCAAUUGAAUACCAUUAGGAGUGCGUAUUUUGUUUUAUACAGACACUGCCACCUAGACUAGUCUUUGCUAUUUGUGGACCGUGUGAAAAUAAACUUGUUAAAAUCUGAAUUACUUCGAAGGGUGGGAAUGCGUUGAUUAAAGCAAAUAUCCUACAGCAUCGAUCAAGGGUCAAGAAGGAUGGCUAAAAAUACCUCUACCCAAUAUUCUAAAACCUACAUUUUUUCAUGCGUUUAAGGCUCGCAUAAUAUUCAACAUUUGUCAAAUUCAAAGCUACAUGUACGACGCCUCCGCUGGUUAGAAAAUGUCGCUCAUUGGAAAGUAUCCUUGUAGUAAUGUUACAGCGCCAACAUAUUUGUCUUUCUUGACUGCUUCCUGUUCUACACUGAUCACGAUCGUUGCUUCCUUGGGAAACUUCCUUGUGAUUCUUGUCGUUUUCCUGAACCCCAACAAGGACCUGAGAUCACCGUUCAACUACCUUGUAGUCAAUCUGAGUCUGGCAGAUCUUAUUGUUGGUCUCAUAACUGCUCCUCUCGGUAUAGCUUUUCAUUUUUUCGAGGGUUUUGGAAUCCCUAAUCGACCCCUCAGAAAAACGAUGCAUGUGUCAUUUUUCAUUUCCUGCACUGCUUCGCUUCUGAGCCUGUCCGCCCUGGCGUUAGAUCGUUACGUCGCUAUUACAUAUCCUCUAUUCUACAGAUCGAAACUCAACGCAACACGAAGUUUAUUAGUUUCAGCUGGUGUCUGGACCGUGUCUGUUUUAUUAUCCAUGAUUUACUUUGCAGUAGGCUAUGACAAGUUUCGGUUCGUCUUCGCCAACACUGCAGUCGUCGUGACGUUCGCUGUGUUGCUUUUCACCAACUCGAAAAUUUUCAAGUUCUUGCGAACUCAAGUUAGACAAUGGGACAACCUGCACGACAGCACCGAAGAAAAUCUGGCGAAGAAGCAAGCCAUCAAGUGGGAGAAAAAGAUCACGAAGACGCUUGUUACUGUGUUGAUGCUAUUUUUAGCGUGUUACUUUCCAUCGUGCAUUUGUAUCUACAUCAUAAAUUUCUGCGCUAAUUGCAAUUGCGUGUUUAUUCACUGGGUGAGAGACAUUCAGUUUGUUGUGAUGUUAACAAAUUCGGGAGUAAACCCCUUUGUUUAUGCGUUGAGGUUAGAUAAUUUUCGCAGAGCCUUCAAAAAUAUUUUAACAUGCCGUGCAUGCAUGAGGCGUGUAAGGUCAAUCUCGUUGAACCUGUAUCAAACGUCGACGUCAAGUACUGAAGGAACAUCAAAUACUAACACUGGAAGACAGCCAGUGGAAGUUUUAAUAUAA